CAGCGGUGGAAGGGCGGCGACGCUUCCACUUCUCCACUCGCUCGCGUUUAUCUGCAGUCUCUGCAGAGGAUCACUUUGGUGCCUGACCUUUUUGCCGCUCCGCAACUCUGCUCUGACGCUGACCUUGGACCCCCGUGCGUCCGACUGCUCCACUCAAAUUCGCAUCAACCAGAAAUCUGAUCAGAUGAUGAACGGCUCCGAACUGGUUUCGGCGGUCGAAGCGGCCACCUCGUUGUCCUCACUGGCGCUGCCCACCUCCGAUAUGGCCAAGUCGCCGUCCAACAGCGAGUUCUUAGGCGAUGAGGAGGCCCGGUCUACAUGUCCACUUCUCACGCCGUCACCUCCUGCAAUUGCAAACGAGCAGUACACGCCGGAAAACGAGACCACGUUCUCUCUGAUUGAUGACGGGAAUGACGAAAUCACCCACUUUCAGUCACCCCUUGAAGGUGCCAAAUUCAGCGCGCCCCGGCAGAGCGUGCAGAGCGAGGGAAGCACCAGUUCCGGCAGCUCAGGCCGCGAGCCGACCGCGUGCGUCCAACUGCUCGGUCCUCACCACAACUACCAGCACAUCUACAUGACCAGCGACGGCGACUCGAACGGGCAGCUGCAGGAGAACGGGGCGCCGGUCAACCUGCCGCUCUCCUUCGACCACUACUCGAACGUGGCCGACUACUUUUUCACCACGUGGAACUGGCCGCUCAUCAGACAGAUCAGUUCCUUCUUCGUCGUCGCGACUCUGAUUGCAGCUUUUGGGGUCGCCGUCACCAUGGUCGCCACUCUGCAAAAGGACUGCGACCCUGAACACACGUGGUGGAGCUCGGCGACUGUCUACGAAAUCUUUCCAGCCUCUUUCAAAGACUCAAAAUAUCAAGACGGUGUUGGAGAUCUGAACGGCGUUGUGAGUCCUGAGAGCAUCAGCUACCUGAAGAGUCUGGGCAUCGGUGCCGUCAGACUCAACUCAAUUUUCCAAUCGCACAACUACCCUGAGGACUACCACAACGCCGAGUCCCUGACUGACGUCAACCAGAAAUUGGGCUCACUAGAGGACGUUCGGACGCUUGCCAAGAAAUUGCACGCCAACAACAUUUCGCUCAUCCUUGACUUGCCAGUGCAUAUCGUCAAGUACAACAGCUCAGCGGGGCCGGAUUAUAUUGACCCCGUGGUGAACGCUUUGGAGUUCUGGCGCUCCUGCGACGUGGACGGAUUUUAUCUCGUCGGGCUGGACAACGAGACUGUCCAGCCGCACCUUCGAACACGCUUGCAGCGGUGGCGACGAGCAGUGGAAAAGAAACACCUCUUCAUCGCGCCUCCAGUUUUGGGAGUGGAAGAUCUUAUUGACUUGGUGCACGUUUCCCUUGACCUUAACCACGGAGGAUCCCUCAGGUCCUCGAUAUCAGGCGCGUUGCAGUUGUGGUCGCAGAAAAUCCUAUGGAGCGUCGGACACAGCGGCCACCUGCGCCUCGUCGACCGCCUCAAGAACAACAACAACACGGUAGCCGCCUUGCUUCUGCUCAUGUCUCUGCCAGGCACUCCGUCCAUCCUCUAUGGGGACGAAAUUGGUCUCCGAGCGUCCCAAGAACUUGACGACCACGGCGAUGAGCUUCAACAUCUGCGUCAGUUACCGCCAAUGCUGUGGGCCAACUCGAACCAGAACAGGUUCGCCGACCCAAACGUCCUGCCGUGGAUGCCCAGUGGAGACGCCCUUCUCAAGAACACGGACGCACAAAGGGCUCAGGCGGCUAUUUCCAAAAUGGCCAUUCUUCGAAAGUACUCGCCUCAGCUCUACAUGACCAAUCGCACCAUUGGAAUGCCCAGGGGGGCCAAGAAUUUUGUCAUCAAAUAUGAAAGUAACGUGACUGGCGUGAUUGCGGUUCAGCGUUGGUUCCAGCGUCGGCACAAAAUUGUGACCAUCGCCAAUCUCGGCUACUCUGCAGCAGCCCCUGACAUGUCCUCGUACUAUUACGGAGGAAAAGUGCUCAUCGCCUACCCACACACUCACCUGCAAGGUCAGGAUAUCAAGAUGCGCAGACUACCCCUGCAGGCCGGCGAAGUUCUGGUCAUGCAAGUCGACAAGUGAAGGUUUUCUCUGUGUAUUUUUCGGAUCUAUAUCAAAUUUCACAAAAAGGAGAAAAAAUGCAGCUUAUCUCGCGCAAAACUUCUAUUUUUGAAAGCCAAUUUUUGCCGAAUUUUUGCUCCCAUAAUAAUAAUAAUAAAAAAAAAAACAGAA